UUUAACUGUAGAGUAACGACUCCUGUCAGCAUAACCUAUCUGUGUAUCGUAACAGGUCUCCUCCUCCGCCCGCUGUCCUCCUCGAAGGACGCCGGACUAGUUAAACUUUAACUGACUCCAGCAGCCGGUUCGCGUGAAGCUGUAACUUCGUGUCCUCCUCCGGCCGGCAGCAGCAUCCCCGCAGGAGCUGGAGAGCGGAGGAGACGGAGGGAGUACAGACGGACAGAUCGACUGGCCGGGACAAUGAAGGAGAGGAUUGAAUGGAGAUGAACAGCUACGGAGAGACGGAUCCUCUGGCCGCCUCCGUCAUGGAGCGAGAGGAACCCGCAGCUCAAGGAGAGGCCGACUCACAGCCGAUGUACAGGAUCGAACGCCCGGUCUACGAUGAAGCCUUCAUCCGGUCGCAGCUUCUCCACCGCAAAAAAACCUCCACCACCCUCCGACAGAGGCAGGCGCACUGGUUCAGGUGUUCAUCAAAAAAGGCCAAGGCGGCCGCUUUCAGUUUUUUGCCUAUUCUAACAUGGCUGCCAUCUUAUCCAGUCAAGCAGUACCUGUUUUCAGACGUGGUCUCGGGUCUCAGCACGGGAGUCGUGCAGCUCCCUCAAGGUCUAGCCUACGCUAUGCUGGCUGCUGUGCCUCCGGUUUAUGGCCUGUACUCCUCAUUCUACCCCGUCCUGCUCUACACCUUCUUUGGCACAUCCAGACACGUAUCCGUCGGCACCUUUGCAGUGAUAAGUCUCAUGAUCGGGGCCAUUGUAGUGAGGGAGGCCCCAGACGCCAUGUUCUACGUCCCGUCCGCCAACGGGACCAACGGGACCAACGCGACCGCCGUCCUGGACGUGGAGGCUCGGGACCUAAAGAGGGUGCAGGUGGCCGUCGUGCUCACGACCCUGGUGGGAAUCAUCCAGUUUGUCUUCGGUCUUCUCAGGUUUGGCUUUGUGGCGAUCUACCUCACAGAGCCCCUGGUGCGAGGCUUCACCACAGCCGCAGCGGUGCAUGUUGUCGUCUCUCAGCUGAAGUACCUGCUGGGGGUGAAAACGCAGCGCUUCAGUGGGCCCCUCACGGUCAUUUAUAGCCUCAAGGCAGUAGGCAGUCACAUCACCAACACCAACGUCAGCACGGUCAUGCUGGGCCUGGCGUGCAUCGUCUUCCUGUACGUGUGCAAAGACCUCAACGAGCGCUUCAAGAAGAAGCUGCCCAUUCCCAUCCCCGGAGAGAUUAUCGUGGUCAUCGCAACUACCAGCCUCUCGUAUGGAAUGUCCUUAUCGCACGACUACCAAAUGGACGUGGUUGGGAAGAUACCGACCGGGCUUCUCCCUCCUGUCACCCCGGAGUUCUCUCUGCUCCCCAAUCUGAUCACGGACUCCAUUGCCGUCGCGAUCGUAGGAUUCUCAAUGGGCAUCUCACUUGCCAAGACCUUCGCCCUGAAGCACGGCUACAGCGUGGAUAGCAACCAGGAGCUGAUCGCCCUCGGCCUGUGCAACUUCCUCAGCUCUUUCUUUCAAACGUUCGCCAUCACUUGCUCCAUGUCCAGGAGCCUGGUGCAGGAGAGCACCGGUGGAAAAACACAGAUCGCGGGGCUGCUGGGGUCUCUCGUAGUGCUGCUGGUGGUGGUGGCCAUUGGUUUCGUCUUCCAGCCGCUCCCUCAGACCGCACUGGCUGCCAUCAUCAUGGUGAACCUGUUGGGCAUGUUCAAACAGUUCAGAGACAUUCCUGCGCUGUGGAGGACCAGCAAGAUCGAACUGGCCAUCUGGCUGGUGGCCUUUGUGGCGUCUGUGCUGUUGGGACUGGACUACGGCCUCCUGGUAGCCGUUGCAUUCGCCAUACUCACAGUCAUCUACAGAACACAGAGCCCUAAAAGUGCCAUUCUGGGCCGUGUUGCCGGAACCGGACUGUACUGUGACGUGGAUGAGUAUGAAGAGGCGACUGAAUAUGAGGGGAUUAAGAUUUUCCACUCCAACUCUUCAAUCUACUUUGCCAACAGUGACCUUUAUGUGUACACCCUCAAGGAGAAGACGGGAGUGGACCCCGAGGCCCUGCAAGCUGCCCGCGACGCCCAAAAGAAACGGACGGAGAAGGCAAACGGCAACCGCAACCCUUCACUGAACAUGUGUGGCAAGAACGAGCAGCAGGAAGUGACCCAUGAGGUUUUGUCCUAUGACAUCGUGCCGGAGGGCCCCUCAGAUGAGGCCAUCUUCCUGGAACCGUCUCUGACUGCCGUCCACUCCGUCAUCCUGGACUGGACGCCGGCCACCUUCAUCGACUCUGUGGGAGCCAAAGCCAUCAAACAGGUCAUCAAGGAAUACGCAGAUGUGGACGUUCAAGUGGUGAUAGCCGGCUGCAGCAGAUGCCUGCUGAACGAGCUGGACAGCUUACAGUUUUUCUCUGGGGUUGUGACCCCGGAGAUGGUGUUCCCCACCGUCCACGAUGCCGUGCUGCGUUGUCGCCGUAAAUCAGCUGCUUGUAGCUAGGCCUGGGCAGUUUAAAAGAUUAUACCAGUGCCUGUACACUUAAAGUGACACUAAUAGAAUACCUCUUUGUUUUCUACUUUAUUUGAAGUAGAAAUGGAGUAAAGUCACUUUGUUUUGGAAAGCUGAACUGCCAACUGUCAAAUAAGCCACCCUCAAAUUCCAAAGGAUGAAAUGCAGGGAUCGUUCAAUACUGGCUGCUGGCUGGUUUGGCUGAUGAGCCCUAUUGGUAGCACAGGUGGAAGCUCCGCCCUCAAGAAGCACCGAGGAGUCCGACAACCUCGUUACCUUAAAGACGCUCACCACUGAAUACAAUGCAGUUUAUGAGGCUUGUAAGAAAUCAGAGAUUCAGGACUGCGUUUCCAACGGACAUUCCUCUUUUGUAAUGGUGUUUAAAUAGUCACUGCUGUCGGGAUAGGUGUACUUAAUAUAUUUUAAGAAAUAUAUAUAUAGUUUGUGAUGGAAGCUUAUGUGAAACUUGAAGCUGCUUCUCUGUAUCAUGCUGGUAUCAAAUGUUUGUUACUGAAAACUGUAAUUAUGGAUUCAAACCAGCAGUCAUAUUUGUUGUUAAAGUAACACAGGAUGCCUUUAAAGUUAGCGUGUAGUUAUUUUACAAUGUUUAACAAAUCAGAGACUCAAUCUGGAAUAAACUUUAUUUUUAAGUGAA